GUUGUUCGGAAAGUCAUUUCGUUUUUUCCCGCCAGAGGACUUAAUUACGUUUUUUCGAAACUAACUUCACACUUAAGCCCCAUAACCAUUAUAUGUCUUGAGAGCUGAUAUUGCAAGGCUUGUGUGUGAAAAAGUUCUAUUAAUUCUACCCAGUAGUUUUUGGUUGGUGCCCUUUUAAAUAUGGAGAGCAAUAAGCAGCAUUUUCGUCAUAUUUUACUUUUUAACUUCAGAAAAGGUAAAAAUGCUGUCCAAGCGAGAAAAAAAUUGACGGAUGUGUAUGGAGAAGGCGUGUUAACAGUACGCCAGUGCCAGAACUGGUUUGCAAAAUUUCGAUCCGGCAAUUUUGAUGUCGAAGAUGCACCACGGUCUGGAAGGCCGGUCGAAGCUGACAAAGAUGCGAUAAAGGCAUUAGUUGAUGCAAAUCGGCGAAUCACCACACGAGAGAUCGGUGAGAGGUUAAAUUUGUCGAAUUCAACUGUUUAUGGCCAUUUGAAAGGCAUGGACUUAACCUCUAAGCUCGAUGUGUGGGUGCCCCAUGUCCUUACCGAGCGAAAUUUGUGUCGUCGUGUUGACGCGUGUGAUUCGCUCCUCAAACGUCUAGAAAAUGAUCCAUUUUUGAAGCGGAUUAUUACUGGGGACGAAAAAUGGGUUGUAUACAACAAUGUUAAACGCAAGAGGUCAUGGAGCAGAAAAGAUGAACCGGCUCAAAGCACGCUUUGA